GCCUCCUGCCUGCCUCUCUGCCUGCGCUGCCUGCUCGGCUCUGGGAGAAUGGCCGCUCUGAACAUUCUGUGGACAGGGCUGGCCCUGCUGGGGGUCCUGGGGGUCCUGCAGAUUCCAACCCAGGCCCAGGCCGCCCUGCAGCCCAACUUCCAAGAGGACAAGUUCCUGGGGCUCUGGUUCACCUCGGGCCUCGCCUCCAACUCGAGCUGGUUCCUGGAGAAGAAGAAGGCGCUGUCCAUGUGCAAGUCGGUGGUGGCCCCCGCGGCAGACGGUGGCCUCAAUCUCACGUCUACCUUCCUCAGGAAAGACCAGUGUGAGACCCGGACUCUGCUGCUGCGUCCUGCAGGCCCCCCAGGCUGCUACAGCUAUACCAGCCCCCACUGGAGCGGCAACCACGAGGUGUCGGUGGUGGAGACGGACUACGAGGCCUAUGCCCUGCUCUACACCGAGAGCUUCCGAGGCCCCGGCCAGGACUUCCGCAUGGCCACGCUCUACAGCCGCACCCAGGCCCCCACAGCUGAGAUCAAGGAGAAAUUCGCCACCUUCGCCAAGGCCCAGGGCUUCACAGAGGAUAGCAUUGUCUUCCUGCCACAGACUGACAAGUGCAUGGAGGAGAACACGUAGGUGACCCCAGCCCUCAGGACCUGGCCAUGCUGCCCUGCUCCGCCUUUUCCUUCAACACCCCCAAGACCCCAGCCCCGGCUCCUGCGCCACCGGCCCUGCCCCCUCGGGCUUUAUCCCAGCUCUGAGAAUAAACUCCGGAAGCAAGUCAGCAGCCUG